AAAGAAAGAAUGGAAGGUGCAAAAGUGGAAAGAGGUAUUUUAGAUUGUUAUCGGUAGAUGAGUGGACGGACACGAGGAAGCAAAGAGAAUUGGAUGGAUUUUAGAUGUGUCGUGUUCCGAAAUAGGCUAAACAAAUCCAACCUUAGCCAAUUUUAAGGUGGAUCCUAAGAUAUAGCAAUUUAAGAGGGUAGUUAGAAUUAUAUAAAUUAAAUUUGUUGUGUGUUGGUGAGGGUGGUGAAAUAAUUAUAUUAUAGAAUUAAGAAGAAGAAGAAGAAGAAGAAGAAGAAGAAGAAGAAGAAGAUGGGUGUAGCGGGGUUAGCAGUGGCUCCGCUUCCGGCCGUGGAAAUUGAGGCUAAGACCACAGCGGUUGUCAUCUUUUAUUCAAUAAUGGCCGCCACCGGUGGCCUCAUGAUGGGCUAUGACGUUGGCAUUUCUGGGCAAGUGACAACAUCAGAUUCGUUCUUGAAGAAAUUCUUUCCAUUAGCAUACGACAAGAUACAAAGAGAAGAAACGGACACUAACAAUUACUGCAAAUACGAAAACGAAGGCUUACAAGUUUUCACCUCUGCUUUACACUUAACCGCUUUAACUUCCACUUUCUUAGCCUCUCGCACCACCCGUCUCAUGGGUCGCAAAAAAACCAUGCUUUUCGGCGGACUUCUCUUCAUCCUCGGUACCGUUCUCUGCUCCACUGCCCUUUCCUUCCCCAUGCUCAUCCUCGGCCGUAUCGCUCUCGGCUCCGGCAUCGGCUUCAGCAACCAAUCUACUCCCCUCUAUCUCUCCGAAAUCUCCCCCACCCCAAUCCGUGGAGCUCUCACUCUUCUCUUCCAAUUCGACAUCACUCUCGGCAUUCUCUUUGGCAAUUUCACAGCUUAUGCUUCAUCCGGUGUUGAAAGUGAUUGGGGAUGGAGGAUUACUCUGGCUUUAGCAGGGGUUCCAGCUCUGUUUUUUACACUUGGAACAAUCUUGAUUGAAGACACUCCCAACAGUUUAAUCGAACGCGGGCAGUUAGAAAAAGGAAAAUUAGUGUUGAGAAAAAUCAGAGGUACUGAUAAUGUUGAACCUGAGUAUUUGGAGAUCCUUAGAGCAAGUCGUGUUGCUCAAGCAGUAGAAAAUCCUUUUGCUGAUCUUCUCAUGGGUCAAAAUGGUCCACCCUUAGUCAUUGCUAUUAUGGUACAAGUGUUUCAACAAUUCACUGGCAUCAAUGCAAUCAUGUUAUACUCUCCACUUCUUUUCAAAACACUAGGUUUCGGCGACAAAUCGUCUUUGUAUUCUUCCGUCAUAACUGGCGGUGUUAAUGCCCUUUCUACAUGUAUCGCCAUUUACUCAGUCGACAAGAUCGGCCGACGAAUGCUGUUGUUAGAAGCCGGAGUUCAAAUGUUCCUCUCCCAACUUAUCAUCGCCGUUAUACUUGCGCUUAAAGUUGACGAUGAUUCUAAUACUUUGUCGCAUGGGAUGGCAAUUGGGGUUGUGAUAAUGUUAUGCACUUUUGUUUCUUCUUACGCUUGGUCUUGGGGUCCACUUGCAUGGUUACUUCCUAGUGAAACUUUUCCAUUGGAGACACGAUCUGCUGGGUUGAGCGUGACGGUCUGUGUUAACAUGAUGUUCACUUUUUUGAUAGCGCAGUCUUUUCCGACGAUGCUCUGCCAAAUGAAAUUUGGGAUCUUUUUGUUCUUCUCCGGUUGGGUGUUGGCAAUGUCUUUAUUUGCGUUUUAUUUGCUGCCGGAGACGAAGGGUAUUCCUAUUGAAGAGAUGCUGGAGAGAUUGUGGAAACAACAUUGGUUUUGGAAGAAAUUCAUGGAGGAUGAAAUUAAGGAGAAUGAGGAUUCAGAUUAAAGUGUUGUACUAAUGGUGUGUACAUAACCCAACCAAGAACCUUCCAUUUGCUUUUUCGUUUUGUUAGUUAGCUUUCAAUUUUGGGAUAGAUUAUUGUACUAUAUUCAUGUAAGAAUUUUUUGAAAAAUAAUUAUGGAGAAUAAUCUUGACUAUGUAUA